UUUCCUGCUCAGCUCCAGCUAGCCUCUUGACGGACUGUCGAGAAAUCGACAAACGCGUCCGGAUUCCGUGCUUUUAUUUUGGCACCGGAGUGAAGUUAUCGUUCGUCGUCAUGUCCAUGUAUCAGGUAAAACCCGUGAGUCCCGGUGAAAUAAAGAUUGAUUUACCAACGUGCAUGUACAAGUUACCGAAUGUCCACGCGCAGGGAACGAGCUGCGGCGAGCACGCGUUCCAGAACGGGGAAGUAGAUCCUACUGUGAAGGUGCUGGAGGCUCGACAGGAUGACAUCUUGAAAAGACUUUAUGAACUGAAGGCAACGGUUGAUGGUCUCACAAAGACCGUGACCACACCUGAUGCUGACCUGGAUGCCACAACACUCUCACAAGGGGUUUCGGCAACAGUGUUUAAGGGUACAGCAGACCUGGACUGCUUACUGGGCAAGGAUCUGGGUGCCCUGAGGGACAUCGUAAUUAACGCGAACCCCUCCAAUCCUCCCCUGUCUCUGCUGGUUCUUCACAGUCUGCUGUGCCAGCGGUAUCGGGUGCUGUCUGCCGUGCACGUGCACUCCUCCGUGACCUCCGUGCCCCCUACGCUGCUGUCCUGCUUGGGACCGCGGCACACAGACAGCUACACUCGCCAUCGUUUUGAGCUUGGCUUCACUCUCAUAUGGAAAGAUGUGUCAAAACUGCAGAUGAAGUUUAACACACAGAACAUGUGCCCCAUCGAGGGAGAGGCCAACGUCGCACGCUUCCUCUACCGGCUCUUGGGUGCUGAACCCCAGGACCCCGUUCUCGCCACGCAGAUGGACAGCUGGAUCGAUACGGCGGUGUUCCAGCUGGCCGAAGGGAGCGGUAAAGAACAGGCGGCCGUGCUGCGGUCGCUUAACGGGGCUCUGGGCCGUUCACCCUGGCUUCUGGGCCAGGAGUUCUCUCUCGCUGACAUCAUGUCUGCCUGCUGCGUCCUGCAAGUUAACAACGGCACCUCUGCACCUCCAAACGUACAGCGCUGGCUCAAGUCCUGCCAGAACCUGGGCCACUUCAACUGCGCAUAUGCGUUACUACAUUGACCGGAACUGUGAGAUCAGUAAGGGCCGUGCUCCAGUUAAAGAUACAUCAAUAUAUAAUAAAAGGGAAAUGGUGGUGUGACAUCAUUGUAGACCAAAUGUAAAUGGACACCUGAGAUCGGUCCCUGCAAAACAAAAAGUCAUUUCCCAGAAUUCAAUCUGAGCUUGGUCAUAAUGGGUGUUCCAGUUAAUAUGAUAAUGUCGUUGAUGCUGAUUUAACUGGAGUCGAUCUGAAACUGAUCCCAGGUCAGGGUCAUAACUGCAAACACUUUCGAACAGAGAGAGCAUUUGGAACAGAUUUUAGGGUAAUGAUACUGGAAUACAACUCCCUCUCCCGCCUUGUGCCUAAAAGAAUGCUGUACUAGAAAAUGUGUGUUGUUAUUAUAUUACGUUAGGUUGAAGCGUUUGAAAUGUGAGCCAAAGGACCUACUGGUAUGUAUGAGGGGUGAUACUUUGUAGCGUCUUUUUCUUAAAAUCUAUUAAAUGUUUUCACUGGG